AUGCUGAUAUUUUCAUCGAUCUUGCGAUGGACUUUGCCCAGUUCCGAAAGCAUUUCCACCCAAGACUCUUCAGUAAGCGGGAACGACUCGUCGCUCGAGUUCGAACAAGUGCUGCCGGUGACAGCUUUGUUGUCAUCAAAAAUUUCUGGGGUUUUGGGCGUAAACAGCUGCUGCCAUGUGGUAGCCUUCAAGUCCUUGACCAGAUUCCAUCGUUGUCUGCAAAGCGGCGUUGUAUGGUUGGCAAGAUACGAAAGGUUUUCCACAGCGUUGGAAAUGACUUCAGCCUUAAGGCUGGACUCCAAAGCCUUGAGCGAGUCGUAA